AUGCAUGUUGCAAAAGACACUAACUGGCUUCAGCAGCCGGAGCAGUCUCAAAACAGCGAGUCAAACACCAAAAGUGUAGACUCACACACACCACAAGAUGAAAAACCUCAGCCGGAGCAAACCAUUGAGAUCCCCCAGGAAGACGUCAAAGUCCUCGAAGACCUCUCCACAACCCAGUUCGCCCAGGACCUGGUCAAGCUCUUCAACCACGGCAACGGCCCUUCAUCCAACGAUGCCAACACAGCCACCUCGCCUGUUAUCGACGACAAGCCCAAACGUGCUCAGAUCCACCAAGAAGUCCGGCGCAUCUUCAAGUCCCGUCUCGAAACCACCACCGGCCACGAUGGAGUCAUCAUCGCCAACUACGUCUCCCCCCGCAAGGGGAAGAAAAGCAGAGGCCGUCGUGGUCAGCCAGGCGACGACGAGCCAAUGGGGGAGUAUCUCCAUUUCACGCUAUACAAGGACAACCGGGACACCAUGGAUGCCGCGAGCCAAAUCGCCCGUCUGCUCAGAGUGAAGCCCCAAAUCAUCGGGUACGCGGGGACCAAGGACCGCCGCGCAUCGACCACGCAGCGCUGCUCAGUGCGACACCAGCGCAAGCGAGCGCUGGCAGGGCUCAACGGCAAGCUCUGGGGCAUAGCGACCGGCGACUACGAGUACCAGGAACAGCCCAUCCACCUGGGCCAACUCCUCGGCAACGAAUUCGUAAUCACCCUCAAGAACUGCAAAAUGGCGGACGAAACCGCCGCACAGUCGCCCUCCGAGCGCCUCGCCUCCAUGAGGAACAAUGUCGAGCCGGCGCUCAAACACAUGUCCUCCCACGGAUGGAUCAACUACUUUGGCCACCAGCGCUUCGGCACCCACGACGUAGGCACGCACCAAGUCGGCAAGCUCAUCCUCGGAGACGACUUCGAGGGCGCCGUCAACGCCCUGCUCAAGUACGACCCCGAAAUCGCAGCCAAAGCCGAAGCUGGCCAGGUCCCCGACGAGCCGUCCAAGAAGGACGACGCUCUCCGCCACCUCGCGUGCAUGCUCUUCCAGACAGGCAAGGACCUGAACCGAGCCGUCAACGUCAUCCCGCGGCGGUUUGCGGCAGAAUCAUGCAUCCUCCGCCACCUCACCCGCAUGGGGAAGAACUCGGCGCGGGACUUUGCAGGCGCCAUCACCCACAUCACGCGUGGGCUGCGGUCAAUGUACCUCCACGCCUAUCAGUCACAUGUGUGGAACCACGCCGCCAGCCAGCGGUACGCCCUGCACGGCAGCAAGGUCACAAAGGGCGACCUGGUCAUCUCCGACGGCGAGGCCCAACCUGCCGCUGCGGAGCAGGACCAGGACGGCGACGAAAUCAUCAACCCCGUCGAGGACGAGGAAGAUGCGCCCCUGCGUGCUCGCCCCCUGACCGAGGAAGAAGCCGCCAGUGGCAAGUACACCAUUUACGACAUUGUUCUCCCCUCGCCGGGCUACGAUGUGGUCUAUCCGGAUAAUGAAAUUGGCCAAUUUUACCAAGAGUUCAUGGGCCGAGAAGAGAAUGGUAGGCUUGACCCGCACAAGAUGCGUCGCUUGAGAAGAGAGUUUAGCCUCCCAGGACGGUAUAGGAAGCUGAUGCAGAGGUUUUUGGUUGAACCUAGUGUGGAGUUCAAGUUGUAUGAGCAUGAUACGGAGCAGAUGCACCCUACAGACUUGGAUUUGAUCAACGGUGCCGAGAGGAACGGGAUUGAAAGGAAGAGGAAGAGGGAUCAAGAUGACGGUGGCCCUGCCAAGAAGAUCAAGGCUGGUGAUGGCGAGGCUCAGGCUGAAGCAAAGAUGGAGAGGGCGAACAGCGAGCAGGACGCUACGAGUAGCAACGGUGCUGAGGCAAAAGCCGAGACAGAACCGUCCGCCGAACCUACCAAGAUAGCUGUUGUCGUCAAGUUCCAGCUGGCAAGCAGUGCCUACGCAACAAUCACGCUCAGAGAACUAAUGGGUGAUCGGUCGGAUGAGGCUACACCUACACCAUCAGACGAGGGAGUGGACAACUCAUGA